CGCCCGCGGGCGGAACUUCUUAACAUUCUUCUCCAUUUAAACUCCUCCCUUCAGCUAUACAGCACAGGAAACCAAAACCUGUGCUUUGUUUGCCACAGCGUUGGUGUGAACUAACUCUUUAAUCUGUGUGUGGACGCUUCAGGUGAUACAUGAUUUGAGGUUGCAGUUGUUCUACCUGAGUACAGCAGGAGAUGGCACUGCCGAGCCACAAGACUAUUGGUGAUGAAAACCUGGAGAGAUGGGAGCCAGUUGACUCUGGAGGAUUUGGCCACGUCUACAAGGCCAGGCACAAGGACUGGGGAUAUGAUGUGGCCAUUAAGAUACUCCGUGAUGGUGUUUGCCCCUUCAUGCCACUGCGUGACGAGGCCAGGUAUAUGGGUAUGGCUUCCUGUGAGUUUGUGCUGAGGCUUUAUGGAACAUAUCAGGGAUGUCCGCCUGUUGGAAGAACAUCCACCAUGCAGCAGGGACUAGUGAUGGAUUUCAUGGAAAGAGGAUCUGUCCAGUCCUUGCGGGACCUCUCUGGCCCCCCGCCGUGGCCCCUGAUCUUCCGCUUGGCCUAUCAAGUGGCUGUAGGCAUGAACUUCCUCCAUUCACAGGGACUUAUGCACCACGACCUAAAGCCAAAUAAUGUCCUGCUGAAUAACGACCUUAAUGCCAAGCUAGCAGACUUUGGUCUGUCCAGAGUUUCCACCAGUGCUUUGAAGAGCAAUAGAGUAACAACAGAUCAAGAACAGAUCGGAGGCUCAUACAAGUACAUGCCCCCCGAGGCUUUUAAAGCAUCAUAUGAACCCGUCCGUGCUUUUGACGUGUACAGCUAUGGUAUCCUGCUCUGGUCCAUUAUUACCGGUAAAGAACCAUAUCCAGUGGCUGAUUACUCUCUCGUGGAGCUGAGGAUCCCUGAAGGAGACAGACCUCCCUGUCAGGACAUUGAGCAGAUGAAAGCAGACGGGCUGGAAGAACUGGUUGAUCUCAUGAAGAGGUGCUGGGAUGGCUGUCCCUACAAUAGGCCUGUCUUUAAAAAGUGCGUUGAAGUCACUGAGGGUGUGUUCUCAAAACACAAGAGGCAAAUUCACAAGGCGGUCGAUGAAGUCCUGGCCAGACUGGAGUCACCAACCAGUAAUCAAUCAAACACAUAUGAGGCACUCAAUGAUCCUCUUCAGACACCAGAAGAGCCGAUGCCAAUGGAUACUGUGGACUUUGUAAAAACUGAAAGGCCUUCACUAAAGGCUUCUGACAGUAUUUCUACUAAAAGAAUGACUAAUACAGACAAAGCAAAGUUUGUUGAUGACAACAAGGCAAAGUUGAUUCAAAACGUUGCCGAGGUAAUGGCAAUAACAGAGGAGCUUGGAGACAUGGUCCACAGUGAAGCCUGCUCGAGGAUUGACGCCAAACCGACUAGCAUGGAAAAAAUGAGAGAGCUUUUUAAAACACUACGCGCAGGCGGGCCAAGGGUCAAAGCAGCCUUCUACGACGCCCUCGAAGAGCAUCAGAGCGAUCUAUUGGAGAGGCUCAGUGGCUAAUUCUGUGUGCUGUGUUCCGGUGCAGGUGUCAGAGACUUUCCUCUUUUAUUAAACAUUCAUAAUCAUUUUUAUAUAUGUAAUUUGUUGAGAUUUUACUACACUGUAGGGGAGAACGGGGUUGGUUGUCACAUUCAUUAGAUCUCAUUAGGGCGAAGCUUAGUUGCUUCCUAACAGGGGAUACUUGUCACUUUCUCUUCGGGGUCGGUUGUCACAUGGUGAGGGGAUGAGUUGAGUGUUAUUGUUCUUUCAUUAAAAAAAUUCUCUU